GACCAAAUAAACGAAUGAACUAUGGAGCGCCUUUGUUCGGUUUCGUGAUUGAACUUCAAGGGAGAGCGAAAUCAAAAAUUCAAAUGUGCAUUUCGAAUUUUCGAAUCUUUUGCUGCAUUUAUAAAUGUGGAUUGUGUUGAUAAAAUACAAACACAAAGUGCCUCUUCCUUCAAGUGUUGAAGCAGCUAUUAUUUUUCAGCGUUGGCAUUCGAUUUACACCCAGCUACAUGUGUAUAAACGACUGUCUGGAUCGGUCUAAAUGAGAGUUAAAAACAACGGCAAACAAACUCACAAUAUAAAUCCAAUUAAAACGAAUACACACACUUGCACACAAUGAAACGACCCCUGCUUUGAGCUGCUGCACAGCCAUCGAACAAGCGAACGAAUGAACGUUCCAACCAACGAACGAGUUGAUAAUAAUGAACUAUCCUCGUUGUAAUAACAAGCUAAUGAAAUGGCGUUGGAUUUAACAAUGGAGCAAACUGGUAUGUUCGUUGUUUGGAUCAGGGGGGAAAGAGUGAAAAAUGCAAAUCGAUGGUUGCUUUUUGCGACCACAUGGAUCUAAUGUAAUUUAUGAAUAGAACGAACGAAUACCGGGGGAUGAUUCCUCUCUCUCUCUCUUUCUAUGUUUCCCUCUGUUUGAUAUAACAAUGUUAGCAUUGAACACCCCUUCAACAUUUUGUGCAACUCGAGCAACUUAUUCUCAAUUCAUAUUCCAACAUUUGCAUAUUUUCGAGGAUCGAGGUGUGUAUGUUUACUAAUUUGGUAAUAUUUUAUCGAUGUUUCUAUGAUGUCGACCGGCGAAGAAGUGUCAGGUGGUUUUUCAUCUUUUGCCGACAAUUUUGAAUAAAGCCACAAAAUGCACACGUAUUAUUUAGAAUAGAAGAGCACUGAUUCUGAUCAGGGAGACGGGCGAACAAAUUACGUGUCGUGAGCGUGUGGUAAAAAUGCCACUUUGUUGUUUGAUAAACAACAUCCAGAGCAGAAGCCACCGUUGAAAUCCGUUGGUUUCGGUUGUCAUGCACGACAUGUUAGUGCAAAAAGUUCUAGUCUCAAUAUUUAUUUUUAUCACAUUUUGUUUUUAUUUGUGCUCCUUUUUGUGGUGAGGUUAUUUUUGAUCUCCUGGCAAUUGUUUUGGAUUUUAUAUUUUCGAUGAGACAAAAAUGAAGCAAAACAACACUCGAGGUGCUGAAAACUUAUUAAUGCGAAAGCUAAUACCACCCCUUUUUUUCUCUCGUUCAGCACCAUGAAAUGAAAAUCUAAUUUAAGGAUCAGUUUUAUCCAUGGCAUGUAUUCAAAAAAAAGUUGAAAUUGAAAAUCUAACGGCAUCGAGGAUUUUCCACCGGCUUUAUUCACCUGAGCUGCCAUGAUGUACAAUCGCAUUAUACUGCAACAACCAUUUAAUCCGCAACGUAAAACUGCACACCAGCGAGUCGUACAAGUGCAGUAAACAAUGUAUAAUCUAAAUGGUGCAAAAAACGGAUAUAGGGAUUUUUUGCAUCGUAUUUUUUGCAAGUGCUGGUCAACACCGCAACACAACAACGGAUAAUAGAAUUGCCAUUGGUUGGGUGACGACACCAUUUUUAAUCCCUCACGACCUCUCGCGUGCAAUUUCAAUUGAGUCGCCAUGACUUAUUAUAACAAUGCACUCAAUUUCGUAGUUAACUCGUUCCAACAUUCAUUAGAUUACGUAUGAAAGGGGUGCAAUUUUGAUGUUUCAUGGGGAUAAAUAAAUAAUAAAGAACAGAACUCGAUGCAGAGUUUUCUUCUGAUGAAGCGGAAAAAAAUCAGAUUGAAGUACUUUCUUUUAGCCUUGUAUUCGAACAGAAAAACAAUAUCUUUUUUCUAUUCAUUUAAAAUAUUUUUUCUAUGCCGAUGGGUAUGCCAUAUGAUGGAAGAGAAAUGAUGAUGGCUUGCUGACGUCGACCUCUAACAUUUUGGAAAAGUUCAAUCCAGGCGCUCGACAACUAAUUAGUGCCGGCAAAGCGUAUCUCAAAGCACUACAUGGCGCUGCUGCUGCAUCACGCGUAUUCAACGAGGCGCUGGCAAAAAUAGCCAUGAAUGCUCAACAAGGUGGAACAACUGAUAUCGGUUCGGCACUCAUGAGCAUCGUCGGUGUAUAUAAGGAGAUCCAAGAUCAGCACAUGAAUAUAUUGAAAGCUUUCUACGUGGAUUUGCUCGUGCCGUUGGAAACGAAUUUGGAGCGAGACACGAAGGUCGUGCAGUUCGAGCAAAGGAAAUUUCUGCAACAACAUAAAAUACGAGCUGACAGCUACAGCAAGGCAGCGGCCACGAUGAAAAAGCAACGAAAGAAGAAAAAUAACGUCCAAAAUACAGAUAAGGAGAUCAAAUCGAUUCAAACAUUGGAUGAAGAGAAGAACAAAUUGGAUGUGUUCUGCGAACAAAGUCUUAAAAAUGCAAUGACGCAAGAAAGACGUCGCUAUGGCUUCGUUUUGGAGCGACAAUGCUCGUUGGCCAAGCACUGGGUUGCUUAUCAUUCAUCGGGAAGGAAUUGCCUUUCGAGUCAUUUGGAUAGUUGGGACGAAGUUUCAUCUUCAAGAGAAUUUUUGCCACCGAACGUUGAGAAUAUGUUCGCCAAGAAUAUCAAGGAUCAAUACAUUGAUGAUGAAUCUGACCGAGGCUCAAUCAUUUCGGCCAUUCGGAAGACGAAGUCGAUUGAUGCAUCAUGCUUAGAUAUGCGCUCAUUGGGCGAUGUUGUCAACAGUUCAACCAUGAAUAUGCCACGAGCCAAAUCCGAAUUCAACUUGACUACAACCGCUACCAUUGAACCAACUCCGAAGAACGAUUCACGCUUGAUUGUUCGUGCUCUAUAUUCGUAUUUGGCAUCUGGUGAGAAUCAGUUGACAUUCCACGAAAACGAUCGUAUCGCUUUGGUGGGUGAGCGGGCCAAGGGAUGGCAAUUCGGAGAGAAUUUACGAACGCAAUUAUUUGGUUGGUUCCCAGUCGCAUACACGGAAAACGAGUUAGAAGAUCAAAAUCACUGGAGUUCAGCUCAGAACGGUCAUCAUCAUUCGAAUGGACAAAUGCAACAGCAACAAAUGGGCGGCCAUCAAAAUGCACACCAUCCUCGCGAUCAUACGCCAGAUUCAUCGCUUGACAGUACUUUGAUCGAAGAAGACGAAGACGAAGCUGCAAUUUCGUCGAAAUUGGCAUCAUAUCAAGACGAACAUUCACCCACUCGCAUGUUUGGCGACACGAUUAUGUAUCGUCGAUCGAAGCAAUAUCGCCGUGUAUCCGGCAAUGGUGCAAUGAAUGGAAUGAACAAACCCGCUCCGCCCACGAUCCCAGCUCCAGUGCCUACAUAUGGAACGUCAUCGAAAAAUCAAAUUUCACAAUCGCAUAGCUUUUCGUCGAAUGGUGGCCCACCAAUCAUCGAAAAUCGCAAAUCAAUGCCGUCCACACUUAACUACAGCAAACAGACGUCUGGAAUGAAACCGAAGCCACGAAGCGGUGUGACAAGCGCAUCGUUACACAGCAGUAACGAUAGCGGCUUUGCCAAUGAUCAGCCGCCAGCACAACCUGAGGUGGAUUACUCUGAUGAGGAGAACAUCAAUCGCGUCCCAAUACGAACCAAUCAUGAGAGUAGCACUCUGAAAAAGUCGCGUAUUCCACGUCGCGCCGGUGCUGAAACGCAAACGAGCACAAUGAAAUCGAUGAAGAGUAAAACUUCAUCGCCACAAUCACGCCACAAUAUCCGUCAAUCAACGAGUUUUGGAAAUUUAACCGAUGAACAAAGCAUGGAUUUACUUUAUCGCACAAUUGACCAGCAAAAUGGACACCUUGUCAAACGUACAAAAUCAUUCUGGAAAUUUGGUAAAUCGGACGACGAAAUUCUGGAGGGUAUGGCACUGUGGCAACAUAAGGAUUUGGUUCAGACUGAUCAUGAGAAAACAAUUGAGCGCGAACGCGAAGCAGCUACAUUGAAACGUUUGCGCCACAGAAGCUUGGAAAAUCAAACAAUCAGCACAAACAGUUCGGAAACAUUGGUAAACGGGCAAAAUGAUAUGCACAAUGACUUUUCCAGCAUCGAUGAUCGCAGCUUGAUUUAUCCGAUAACAAAAAAUAAAAUGGAUGAGCGUGUAAUGCAACGCGAUGACCGACAUGAAGAAGAAAAUAUCUAUGCUCGAAAUGAUCGUGUCCAAGCGCGUUCACCACCACCAAAUAUGGUUUCGCGCGCCAAACUUGUACAUCAAUACGAAAUGGAAAGGGGGAGAGAAAGAAAAGAAGAAAAUGACCGAAAUGACAAAUACAAUAAAAAACCAUCGAAAAAAGAGCAGCAAUCGCAAAAUCAACGUCAAACGCGUCCAAAAUCGAGUAGCAAGAAUACAAACGUUAAACCAAGUCAACAAGUAAUCAAGACCAUUGAAUACUAUGACACAAGUGACAUGGACACAUUGAAGAAACAGUCGAGAAAGCACGAUUAUAAUCGAGACUUUGAAGAAGCACCGUUAAUCAUAAACACAAACUCGUUGCGUCGCAGCACUGCUGAAAAUCAAUUUUUCGAUGAUGACAGCGUCACCGAUGUUAUCAUGAAAACAGUCAAACGUCAAGAGAUAUUAAAGCAAUAUUAUUCGAGCGGUACAGACACAGAACGCAACUCAGCCUCGAGCUCAGAUCCAUACGAUUGCAUUGUGGUCGAUGAUCAUUUAGUUCGUCGCGAAAACCAAAAGAACAAAAACAAACAUGCAAACAAUGCAAAAAUGGAAUUCAAAACAUUCCGUGGCGAAAGCGAUCAAAACAUUGAACUUGAAGAACUUAACACAUCCCGACCGGGAACGUUAUUGCCGCGAACGAGACUCACAAAAAACGCCCCAGUGACUCGUUCAAAUGGUUGCUUCAGCGACACAGAUGCUAUCAUGAAGUCAAAAAGUAUAGAUCGUCGCGAAAGAAGAACGGGCCGACAACCAACGAAAAAUGGUAAUCCGAAAAGUGACAAACAAAACAAUGAAUAUCAAAAUGUGAAUGAAAGCAAAGCAUAUGGACCAUGGUAUGAUCUAUGGGGUCAAGAUAAUUCUGUUCGUUUGGCAUAGAAAUAAUUUUCUGGGAGCAUGUUCAUUUUAUUUUUUUUCUACUUAUUCUUAGAACAUAAGACCUUUAGUUUAUUAACAAUUUUCACUUGAGGAAAAGUGUCAUACUCACGUCGAGAUUUAAAUUGACAAAAACGUUUACACUUUUAAUGGGAUUUUCAGCGAAAAGCGUUACGCUCUUACACACAAAAUAUGAAAUGUAAAUGGUUGCAGAGCAUUGUUCAAUGCGUUCAUAAGUCAAAGUAAAAUAUCUUUUUGAACGUAUUUCACGAAAGCCAAUUAAUGUGCUAAUAAAACCGAUACUUAAAUAUCACUGUUUUACGACACGAUAACCUUUUCAUGGAUUGAUUCUGCUAGGGAAUUCCGGAAUCACAAUAUGUAAUGUAUACAAUCCUAUGCUUUGACGUUUGUCACAAUAUAAGCGCCACCAAGUCUAUGGAAAAUGAACUAUGCAAUGCUAUGUGGAAUGAUGAUGUUGAACGUUUGAACGUUUUCCGAGUGUUCAAAUUGAAUACAUUGGACUUAUACGAACAAAAGAAUCAUGGCACAGAUGGCGCUUUAUUUUAUGCAUUCCAUACACAUUGUGAUUCCGGGAAUUCAAUGCAUACGUACGACAAUGAGAUGGAAGUAGUUUUAUCGGCGGUAUGCCUACAAACUCUAGCAAUAUUUCAAUUUAAAGCGCUAUGGUUAUAAACCAAGGGAUUUUAUCUUUUGAGCCGACAUUUGGAAUUAAUAGACACGUAAAUACAUACUCAAAUGUGUGUCGUAACGUCAAAUGAGUCGAUUUUCGAAGUACUUUGUUCACAGUUGUUGUUUCAUUGGUGAAUUUAUGCUUUAAAUUUCCGAAUAGCACCGUAGAAUAACGUAGAUGACUCACUCCGAUUACACAGUUUAUUCGCCAGACAGAGACAAUGUCUUUAAUCCCAUGAGCUUUUGCGCUUUGUUGAUUUCCACUCAACAUUAGAAUACGUACGUUUUUCUGUUCGCCAAUUUCCACGUUCUAUUCUAUUCAAUUCAAUUCUAAUAAUUAUUAUGAUAGAUGUUAAUUUAGAUAAUUUUUCCGUUGAAUGAGAUAUGUGUGGAAAAAUGAUUCCUUGGAUUUAUUAAAUAUGUACUUUAGCAACAUGGGGCAAAGGGAAUACAUAUUGUUUCAUAUAUGUUAAUAUAACGACAACGAUUAUUCGAAUCAAAACUGAGAGCUCACCUGGCUGAAAAUAGCUUAUUCAAAUUAAACUUUCACUUGAAAAAAGCGACGCAACAAAUGUAAAUAAUACGAAGUGUUUACAUGAGCCGUUGAUAUACCGAAUAUAGAAUGUGCUGAACAACCGACAGACAGAGAAACCGUAACUUUCCACUGAAACCCGAAGAAUGCAGCUUAAUUCAUAAGGCGAUUUUCUAUAUAAUAUUAAUUUUGGGGUGUGCCGAUUGUCUAAUUUUACCUCCACUCGUCAUACGCCUCUUCAUUCAUUUUCGAAUAAAAAGAUGAACAGUAAAUGGUUCCAUGUAUUGAUUCGGACGCGCGAGCGCGAGCGAGCGAAAAAUGUAACGAUUAAAAUAAUGCUCAUGCAGUAAUUGUAACAGCACUUCGUCAAACGCCGGGAAUACUUUUUUAUUUAAUUAGCAUACGUAUUCUAUGCAAUAGUAAAUAGAAACCUUACAAAAAUAGCCGCUGAAACAUUCGGAUCCUUUUGAAGUCGGCCGCAUGUAUUCGUAAUUUAAUUUUAGUCAUUCGGCGAGACAGCAAAAAAGAAACUUCUUUCUGUACAUUGAAUAAGAGCGACGCGCUCGACAAAAAUCAUCAUAAAUGCCAAAUUGAACGAACGAACGGAAAUCAAAGCUAAUGAACUUAAACUGGAAGAAGAAAUUGCACAAAAAUAUAGCCGCAAGUGGAUCGAAUAAUGGUUAUCGCUUCUUUGUAAAGACAUUUUAUUUUCCUUGAUUUCCCUUGUUAGUUCAUUUUGAUUUUGAUUUUGAUUUUGAAACAUUUAAUAAAAAUUAUUACACAAAAAGUGCAUUUUUGUUUGUUUUGCAAUUUAA